AUGGCAUUGUUAGGGGCAGAUUUCCUAACUGCACACAACCUACUGGUUGACAUAGCAGUUAAACAGCUGAUCCCAAGAACAGCACUGACAUCAUCUCAAAAAUCAAGUAGACAUAUUACAACCAAACCAUCAACGAGUCGACAAGAGCAACUACUAUGUCCCAUCACACCUGACAACCCAAUUCCAGAGAUGCGAGAACUUCUACAGAAAUACGAAGACAGUCAAAGAAAACCUGAAGCACGACUAACAAAACCAGCAAAAUAUAGCAUCCAGCACUACAUAGAGACCGGAGGUCCCCUGAUCCACUCACGAUUCAGACGGCUGGCCCCAGAAAAGCUCACCUACACAAAGAAAGUAUUCAUAGAAAUGGAAGAAGCUGGAAUAUGCCAGAAAGCCCCUAGCCCAUGGGCAUCACCCCUACACAUAGUACUGAAAUCUGAAGGAACGUGGUGCCCCUGCAGAGACUACCGACAGUUAAAUGUCAAAACAAAACCAGUCAGAUAA